AUGCUGCAUCGUCAUGGUUCGAGUCCAGCUGAAGAUGCUGAUGAGACCUGCACGAGCGAACGCGGCCCGAUUCCUGAGAAACUGUGCCGGGCUACACCAGUCCUGCUCAAUCCACAUCUCGUCAUUCCCGAAUCAGCAGCCCGACACUACCAACGCGACUUUGUUCCCAACGUCUCAUUGCUCGCCGCAAGCUUGCCAACAGACAAGUCCGGUCGUCAACAUGCUUGUCUUCUAUCGAAUCGGGUUUCCGGCACAGACGCAUCGAAUGGUCCCUCUGGACUUCUGUGCUCUCGCUUUCCAUCUACCACCUCGUUUAGCCGAUCAUCUUCUUCCCGAUCACAGACUGCCUCCAGUUCUGUCGGCUCCUCGUCAUUGCUGUUUCAGUCGUCUCUUAAUUCUACCUCUUUCUCUUGUUUGUCUCGUUCGUCUUCUUCAUCAUCGUCGUCUUCGUCGUCUUCGUCGUCUUCAUCCUCUUCGUCGUCAUCCCGAAGAAGCAGCGCUCUCGACUGGAACGUCAGUUCCCGUUCCGACUCGGAUCAAGCGGAUCGCCUCCUGUCGCCCAACCGCCUGACUCUCUUCGAGGUCGAGCGUCGCGCCCGAAGUCUGCCUUCCAGCCGAUCGGCCGACGACAGAUCCAACUGCGGACGAUCACGUCCCGCCGACCGGCUGGCCCGUUCUCUCAGCCCCAUUCUUCGUCCAGCCUCGACGUUGUCGACGUCACCGUCGAAAGGUGAUGCUUAUUCAUCGUCUCGACGCACUCCUGCGUCGGAUGAGGCGACAAAGCAGACGCUCCCGUCCGCACUUCCGGUCUCGGCAACCGGCUCCCGGCGGCUGGUCAAAAAGGGGACAGGAGCGAAGAGACGGCGACACGAUGUGCAGCCGCACAGACGGGACCAUCUCACCUCGGCAGAAGAGACGAUAUUGCGCUAUCGAAGUGGGCAUCCCAACAAAACGGGUUCUCAACUGUUGGUGGAGGGAUAUCGGUUGCCGAGGCGAGUCAGACACACGAAAGCAAUGAAAGCGGCUUUUCAAGCUCAGAAAGCAGCUCAACGGGCUCCACCAACUCUCAUUUCGGCCAGCAAGCACCGAGGUAGACUGCACAAAGAAGAGAGAGAGAGAAGAAACAAGAUGGUUUAA